UCUGCUGCCGGAGUUUGCCGGCGGACGGUAAUAGGCGAACGGUGGUGGUGCCGUUGCUGGAGGGCACGGGUGUGAGCGGCGAUGGGCGGAUCUGCGUGGCGUCUGCACCGGCGGCGAUGAGCGGAGAUGGGCGAAUCUGCAACGUGGCUCAAGCGGCAACAGUGAGAAGGACAACUCGCCUCCGACUUUUGAGCUCUCCAUAGGAAAGAUAAAUCCCCAGGCUCCUGGUUGGAAUAAAAGGGGGCCGAGCAGUACGAACAUCAGCCCCUAGCACUGACAGUGUGGUCAAGGAAGAUGCGGACGUGAACAAGGUUGUACCACUUGUGCAAGACGAAGAUAACAAUUGCCCUAGUAAGAUAGUAGGUCCAUCUUCAGAAGAAUGGUUUGCAAUUAGACUAUUUUGUUUUUGCAAAAUGUGAAUGGAUGAUCAUAUAUGGUAACACAUCUUGGGGCUUGUUUCUGGUAGCUGAUGCUGGUUUAAUGGAUGUUGUUCUGGAGGAGAUCAACGCGAUGCAUGUACAUGCCUCUCAGGCGGCAUCAUGCGAUGUUAGGGCACGCACAAGCAUCCCAUUGGUAAAACAAGAAGGUGUUGGAGAUGGUGAUGUGCAGGGGCCUGAUGAUGUGGUUGUGCGCAGGGUGGAGCGGAUAGAUGACGUGCAUCUAGAUGAUCAACUUGCUCGGCAACUUGAAGCAGAGCUGGAUGCGGAAUAUGAGAUGGAGAUAGCAUCCCGUGCACCGGCUGCGAGUGCGACGACGGGUUUGGUUCACGGGGUUAUUGACAUCUCUGAUGAUGAAAGCAAUGAUGAAGUUGAUAUGGAAGAAUGGUCUGAUGAUCCUGAGCACGCUAAGUUGUCUGAGACAGAUAGAAAGCUGAGGGAGCAAGAGCUGCAAGAUCCAGAUGUCACGAAAAUGUAUCAAGAAAUGUAUGAUAAAAAUGAUGGCCCGCGGGAAGAAGACUGAGGUUGCAAUGAUGUAUCAA